UACAUUCUGUCAACUCCACUUUUUAAAUUUUAUUUGGUUUAUUUCACAGAGGUUUAUUUGGAAACAGGUUUAUUCCUUGGUUUAUUCCAUUAAAUUACUAUACUUGUUUGAAAAAUAAAAAUAGUCGUCACCGGAGUAGAAAGUAGGAACUUCCGUAUUGUUCUAGGUUAUAUAGAAUUAUGGAAACGAACACCCAAAGAAGAAUUAUUAAGCAACUACCUACCCUCGUUGUAAACAAAAUUACACUUUUCACAAUUUGAUUUUUCCUUGUAGUAAUUUAGUAAAAUUUAUAAUCAUUUCUUAAUCAGUAAUCGUUUACGAUCGUUCGAAUCGAAAUCGAAAUCGUCGAAUCGUUUAUUCGAACCAAAAUGUGUGGCCGCACUAGAUUGUAAGUACUUAUACAUAAUACAUUGUUUUAAAAUGGUUAAACUAUUAUCAAAGAGAAGUAUAUACCUGUGGGCACUAGAUAAGGAACAACUUCGCUGUGCUUGCAGUUUUUUGGAUAAACAUUCCAAAAGCGUUAUUAAGCCAGAUUAUCUCCAGGAACAUAACAAUGGCAAAGAAUACACACCAUCAAGUAACGUGGCUCCUACAGAUGUUACACCAGUGUUAAUUUCUUCUAGUAAAUUUAAAAAUGCUGCCAAUACAAGUAGAGUGCUGAAACCAAUGAUGUGGGGAAUAAUACCACCUUGGCACAAGGGUGACUAUAAAAAUCAUAAUCUAAGUACAAAUAAUUGCCGUUUAGAAAAUAUACUGCAUUCAAAACUUUACAGUCCAAUAUUAAAUAAUGGAGGUAGAUGCAUUAUUGUAGCAGAAGGAUUUUAUGAAUGGCAAACUACAUUAAAAACCAAAGUUAAACAACCAUACUAUAUUUAUAUGAAACAAGAAUCAGAUAUCAAUAUCAAUGAUCCAAAAUCCUGGAAGAAAGAAUUUAAAGAGGAUGAAGGUUGGAAAGGAAUGAAACUUUUGUACAUGGCUGGAUUGUAUCAUGCCUGGAAAGACAAUGAUGUUAUAAUUUACUCCUAUUCUGUAAUAACAAUGGAAUCUAAUGAAACCUUUAGUUGGCUACAUCACAGAAUGCCAGCCAUUUUAGAUAAUGAUGAGCAAAUUGAAGCCUGGCUUGAUAUAGACAAUGUUAAUGUAAACACGGCUUUGAAGUACCUGACACAAACUAAGAUGCUAGAAUGGCAUCCUGUAUCAACACUGGUUAAUAAUUCAAAGAAUAAAUCUUUAGAAUGCAAUAAGAAAAUCUCUUUAGAAGAUAAACCAAAAACUACACAAAAAUCAUUAACAGCUUGGUUUUCUAAGUCAAAUAAAAGAAAAUCAACAGAAGAAAUCCCACAAGACUGUAAGAAACCCAAAGUAUAAAUAAAACGAUAAAUUUUA